GUGUCCUGCCCUUUCGUGUCAAACCCAGCAGGGCUCGUGAUUAGCCUCCCCGCCACACUCGAGAGCAGCGGACGCCACGGCCUCUGGAGCAGCGGAUAAUCAUCUGUUUGGGUACCUUGACAUUAAAAUAUUAACUGAAUACUAUGGCAAAGGCUGGAAACCGGGGCACAGUCAAGGCGGCCUUGGGCUUCAGUGCUGAGGAAGAUGCACAGAAACUAAGGAAGGCCAUGAAGGGGCUUGGUACCGAUGAAGAUGCCAUCAUCAAUAUUGUGGCCAAGAGGAGCAUAUCCCAACGUCAGCAAAUUUUAAUCACCUAUAAAUCCACUAUUGGCAGGGAUUUGAUUGGCGAUUUGAAGUCUGAACUGAGUGGGAAUUUUGAGAAGGUGAUAAUUGGACUGAUGACUUCCAUCACACUGUACGAUGUGCAGGAACUGAAUAGGGCCAUGAAGGGUGCGGGGACAGAUGAGGGCUGCCUGAUUGAAAUUCUGGCUUCUCGUUCCAAUGAAGAAAUCCAGCGCAUUAACGAGACCUACCAUCGUCAAUAUGGAACUACCCUUGAAAAGGACAUUGUCUCAGAUACAUCUUCCAUGUUCCGCCGCGUGCUGGUGUCUCUAGCUACAGGAAACAGGGACCAGGGAAACUAUGUGGAUGAAGGCCUUGCUCAGCAAGAUGCCCAGUGCUUGUAUGAAGCCGGAGAGAAGAAAUGGGGGACAAGUGAGGGACAAUUCCUGACUAUCCUCUGUUCAAGAAACAAAAAUCACUUAUUAAAGGUCUUUGAUGAAUACAGAAGGAUUGCUAAGAAGGACAUUACAGAAAGCAUUAAAUCUGAGAUGUCAGGGGACCUUGAAGAUGCCUUAUUAGCUGUGGUAAAAUGCGUAAGGAAUAAGCAUGCAUACUUUGCUGAAAGAUUAUAUGGUUCCAUGAAGGGUUUAGGGACGGAUGACGAUACACUCAUUCGAGUGAUGGUGUCACGCUGUGAAAUUGACAUGUUGGAUAUCAGGCAUGAAUUCAAGAGGAUGUAUGGGAAAUCUCUCUACUCCUUCAUCCAGGGAGACACUUCAGGAGACUAUAGGAAAGUCUUACUCUUGCUCUGUGGUGGUGAAGAUUAAACCAUGUGUAACUUCUUGUUGGCGGGGAGGAGAAAUAGAUCACAAGAUUUAUUUUUUUCAAUAGCUUUAGAUAGUGCUAUUAGAAUUGACUUAGGUUAGUCAAUGCCAGUUGCCUCCUAUUAUAUGCUUUUAUUGCUUAGAAUAUGCAAUGCUGCACUAAUUGUGUCACCAGAGCCAGUCAUAACUUUACUAGAAUUGCCUGGCUGAAUUACUUCUCCCAGCAGGCUUUGGAAAGACUUCUUUAAGCCAUGUUUGCAGAAACAAGAGCACUACAUGUUUCCUAGAGUCUUAGACUCCAUUCUACAGUUGGAUUAUCAGUGCUAGAGAACGGCAUCUUGCUGCAAAAAAGGGAAGCAAUGGCUAUAGACUCUGAGCAAAGUUCGGUUAAGUGAGCAUGCAAUUAGCUUCCCAUUAUCAAGCUCACAUCUGUGUUGCCAUACAGUGCAAUUGCGUGGGUGUAACAGAGGGCCGGAUUCUGCCCACUCCUACAAUCCCUACAAAAUAGGUGGAAAUGAGGGGAGAGUUUAACCAAAGCCUUUAAUGCUACUGUAACUUGAUCUAUCUUCAUCCACUACAUUAAUAAUUCUAGAAGCCUUGUGACAUCCCACUGCCAUUGAACUUACUGACCAACUGAGGUGGGCUUAGGCACAGAAUGUAUAAGACUCUGCAUGGGAAAAUAUUAACACCAUCCAUGUGGGAAAAGUACAGAAAACAAGCUUUAUUUCUCUGACUGUAUUCCAACCUAAAGAAAACCAUUAGUCUAAAAUGCAAGGCGUGUCUAGAUCGAAACGCAACCUUUGUUAGAAGCAAACUAUCAACAUUCCUCAUCACUAUGGCUAUUUGUGUAUGUAGAUCAGAAGAUAGGAGCAGGAUAUAAUUCACAAGCAGCAAAUUAGAAACUCCAGUAGCCUUCGGCCUAGUCUACCACACACACAUUUUGUAUUAAUAUAAAUGUUGGUUAAGGGUGUGACUUAAUUAAUAUAGUUACACUGGUAUGUCCUCUACUGUGGAUGCAGUUAUAAUAGUAUAAAAAUGCUUUAUGCUGGAAUAGCUUAUUUCCCUGUCCGGACGGUAAGGUUGAAAGAAGCCAUUCUGUUCAGAAACCUAAUCCACAUUCUGUGUGUUUUACAGCAGAAUAACAAAUGCACCUUAGCUUUCCCUGUCCUAUAGUAAAUUCCUUGUGGAGAUCAGGCACUGGGCUCUUAAGCCACAUCUAUAUGUACAGCACUGCACGGCACGGCUAUGUUCUGCAGCACGACUGGUGAAGAUACUCUAUGCUGAUGGCAGAGAGCUCUCCUGUUGGCAUAAAAAACCUACCUCUGUGAGUGGCAGAAGCUAUGCUGGCAGGAGAAGCUUAUCCCGCUUUGUUGAUAUAACUUAUGUCGCUCGGGGUGGUGGUUUAUUCACGCCCUUGAGACAUGAGUUAUGCCAACAUAGCUGUAGUGUAGACAUAGCCUUAGUGUGAGUUAAAUAAAGGGAGGCCACAGGUGGGCAGAGGUAUAGUGCUAAUCUCAUCUACGUCAUGGUCAAAAGUAGUGUCUUAUCUCUACUACAAUUUUAUAGUAGGACAGGGCUAGCUCAUGAGCAUUAGUUGUCCUGCUGUUUUAAAAACCAACAAGCCCAAAACACUUUUUGUAGCACAGUCAUAGCUUGAGUGGUGCAGUAAUAGUUUUCGGAAGGAAGCAGUGUGGGCUGAGCAUGGAAAUAGAAGGCAGGAUCGACGGUGUUGUCAACCCAACUUUGCCACUCACUUUGCUCCCAUUGACUUGGCCAGGUGCAAAACUGGAACCUCUCUGGCCUCGGACAAGUCACUUUGCUUCUGUGUUCUGUUGUCUUUUAUGUUCCCUUCUUCACAGGAGGGUUGUUGGCAGUAAGUCUAAGCACUACAACAAUCUGCUGCUCAGUAAGAAGAAACCACUUAGCCUUAUCACUAGAGUAGGUUCACAUGUGCCCUCUGGCUUUACCAUAAAAUGGCUCGCUGGCCAGUGCUCACUUUUUCAAUAUAAUAAACCAAUCAUUUCUUUA